UGCAUGGACCUGAACUCUGGUUCUGAGUUAAGCUCAGAGCUCUCUGAAGACGGCUACUCUUCAGAUGGCGAAGCCCUGGAGGGGGAUGAUGAGGAUGAAACGGUGGCCUGUGGUGAUGAGGUGGGAGAGGCGUCAACUUCGCAAGCUGGCCCGAGUGCAGGCUGGGCGGAUGCCAUGGCAAAAGUGCUCAACAAAAAGAUUCCACAGAAUAAACCCACCAUCUUGGCCARGAGUAAAAAACUGGAGAAAGAGAGAGAAAAGUUAAAACAGGAAAGACUGGAGAAGAGGAGGAAGCUUGAUAAAAAGCGGGAGUGGGAAAUGAUGUGCCGAGUGAAGCCAGAUGUUGUCAAAGACAGAGACAGAGAGAGAAAUCUUCAGAGAAUUGCCACGAGAGGCGUCGUGCAGUUAUUUAAUGCUGUCAGGGCACACCAAAAGAACGUCGAUGAGCAGGUGAAGAAAGCUGGGAAGUCUGAGAGGCAACGAGCUAAACUGAUGUCAUCUGUUUCAAAGAAGGACUUCAUCAGUGUGCUGCGAAGCAUGGAAGGUGCUAAAGGAAAACAGAAUCCCUCUGGAAAGGCAGCAAARAACAAACAGGGUGAAACCAAGUCUGAAGAGGGACCAGAAUGGAAUAUACUGCGCGAUGACUUCAUGAUGGGAGCAUCUAUGAAAGACUGGGACAAGGAGAGUGAUGGAGAGAGUAAUGUUGAACAAGGAGCUGGUCUGAAACAAGAAAGUGACAGUGACUGAUGCUUGAAAGUGAAAACCAUUCAAGAUCAAGUUUUACCUUACUUUUUUUGGAUUAAAAAGUCAACAUUCUGUGAAUGUACAACAGUCAGAGAAUGUCUCUCCUUGUUUUAAGGAAAGUAGAGACUUGCAUGGGUUUGGGGUGUAUUUUCUCCUCCACUUGAACCUUUUAUUUAAUACAGCUUCAUUCACUAUUCUGAAGUCCUGAAAUAUUUUCCAAAACAUGUAUAACUUUCAACAUAUUUCCAAAACAUUUGCACAGUCAAAAUAGUGGCACCUGCCCAAUGAAAGAUGGAUUUUGCCAAGGUUAUUAAAAGUUUAUACAUUAGUCAUGGCAAUUGGUGUAUUAGUGCGCCUGCAUUUCCAAAUCAGUGUUGCACUUUGAAAAGUUGUUAGCAAUUCGCAGUAGAAAUGGCUUACAAUAAACACAGAAAUGCUGUCACCUUGUAAAGUUAUCGGGCUCCUAUACAGUCUUUAUUAUUUUGGCCAGGAAAGGUUUUGUAGGUAAUAAAGAAAAGUAACCAUUAAUGUGAUAGUUCUGGUCUUGGAGCAUUAGUUUGAUUGGAGACAACUAGGGUAAUAUAAUUGCAAAAAGAAAGACUUGACCCUACUGCCUGGCUUUGUGU